CUCGUCGGCCGCGCUCCUGACCGGAGAGCGGAGCCGGCUGCUCACCUGCUACGUGCAGGACUACCUGGAGUGCGUGGAGUCGCUGCCCCACGACAUGCAGAGGAACGUGUCGGUGCUGCGUGAACUGGACAACAAAUACCAAGAAACCUUAAAGGAAAUUGAUGAUGUCUAUGAGAAAUAUAAGAAAGAAGAUGAUUCAAAUCAGAAAAAACGCCUACAGCAGCUUCUCCAGCGAGCAUUAAUCAAUAGCCAAGAAUUGGGAGAUGAAAAAAUUCAGAUUGUCACACAAAUGCUUGAACUGGUGGAAAAUCGGGCAAGACAAAUGGAGCUACAUUCACAGUGUUUCCAAGAUCCCACUGAAAGCGAACGAGCCUCAGACAAAGUGAAGAUGGAUUCUAGUCAGCCUGAAAGAUCUAGAAGACCUCGAAGGCAGCGGACCAGUGAGAGCCGCGAUUUAUGCCACAUGACAAAUGGGAUCGAAGACUGUGAUGAUCAGCCCCCAAAAGAAAAGAAAUCCAAGUCCUCUAAGAAGAAGAAGCGCUCCAAGGCCAAGCAGGAGAGGGAGGCCUCGCCUGUUGAGUUUGCAAUAGAUCCCAACGAGCCUACCUACUGCCUAUGUAACCAGGUGUCCUACGGGGAGAUGAUAGGCUGUGACAAUGAGCAGUGUCCCAUUGAAUGGUUUCACUUCUCAUGCGUUUCACUCACCUACAAACCAAAGGGGAAAUGGUAUUGCCCAAAGUGCAGGGGGGACAAUGAGAAAACUAUGGACAAAAGUACUGAAAAGACAAAAAAGGAGAGAAGAGCGAGGUAGUGAAGGCUCUACAUGUUUUAAAAGGGUUCUGUGUCUUUUAUAUAAUUGGUUUACUUUCGGAAAUGUUUUAGGGUAAAUGCAUAAGACUAUGCAAUAAUUUUUAAUCAUUAGUAUUAAUGGUGUAUUAAAAAGUUGUUGUACUUUG